AAUAACGCUGUAUUUCCGCUCUCAAGAUUUAUUUAUAGACGACUUCAAAGACAACAGCUCUCCUGCUUUCAAUGAAAGGGCUUCAUUUGUUAAAAACCUUCUUGACGUCAUUUUCAAACAGUGGUUUAAGUCUUUCCGAAGGGCCAUUGUCAAAAAAUUCAGGAAAGGAUCAGUCGAUACAGAUGUUGAUCUUCUUUUCAACAGUACAGAUGUUGUACCAUCAAAUUAUGAAAUUGGCAAUGCAUUAUUGAACGACACACAAACUCUAAAUUACCUAAACAUAACUUCUAAUUCUGUUUACAUUAAUGGAACAGAAAUAUCAAAUGCUGAAACAACGACUACAUACGCAACUGCCACAACAACUCUGGAAGAAACAUCCACCACUACUGCAGAAGAAACAUCUACUACAACUACAGAGCCCUCCACGACAACUCUUGAAGAAACAUCCACCACUGCUCUUGAAGUAACAUCUACUACAACAACAGAGCCAUCCACAACAACUCUUGAAGAAACAUCCACCACUACUGCAGAAGUAACAUCUACAACAACAACAGAGCCCUCCACGACAACUGUUGAAGAAACGACCACCACUACUGCAGAAGUAACAUCAACUACAACAACAGAGCCCACCACAACGACUCUUGAAGAAACAUCGACCACUACUGCAGAAGUAACAUCUACACCAACAGAGCCCUCCACGACAACUCUUGAAGAAACAUCCACCACUGCUCUUGAAGUAACAUCUACUACAACAACAGAGCCAUCCACAACAACUCUUGAAGAAACAUCCACCACUGCUCUUGAAGUAACAUCUACUACAACAACAGAGCCAUCCACAACAACUCUUGAAGAAACAUCCACCACUACUGCAGAAGUAACAUCUACAACAACAACAGAGCCCUCCACGACAACUCUUGAAGAAACGACCACCACUACUGCAGAAGUAACAUCAACUACAACAACAGAGCCCACCACAACGACUCUUGAAGAAACAUCGACCACUACUGCAGAAGUAACAUCUACACCAACAGAGCCCUCCACGACAACUCUUGAAGAAACAUCCACCACUACUGCAGAAGUAACAUCUACUACAACAACAGAGCCCUCCACAACAACUCUUGAAGAAACAUCCACCACUACUGCAGAAGUAACAUCUACUACAUCAACAGAGCCCUCCACGACAACUCUUGAAGAAACAUCCACCACUGCUCUUGAAGUAACAUCUACUACAACAACAGAGCCAUCCACAACAACUCUUGAAGAAACAUCCACCACUGCUCUUGAAGUAACAUCUACUACAACAACAGAGCCCUCCACGACAACUCUUGAAGAAACGACCACCACUACUGCAGAAGUAACAUCUACUACAACAACAAAGCCCUCCACAACGACUCUUGAAGAAACAUCCAUCACUACUGCAGAAGUAACAUCUACAACAACAGAGCCCUCCAUGACAACUCUUGAAGAAACAUCCACCACUACUGCAGAAGUAGCAUCUACUACAUCAACAGAGCCCUCCACAACAACUCUUGAAGAAACAUCCAUCACUACUGCAGAAGUAACAUCUACAACAACAACAGAGCCCUCCAUGACAACUCUUGAAGAAACAUCCACCACUACUGCAGAGGUAACAUCAACUACAACAACAGAGCCCUCCACGACAACUCUUGAAGAAACAUCCACCACUACUGCAGAAGUAACAUCUACUACAUCAACAGAGCCCUCCACGACAACUCUUGAAGAAACAUCCACCACUGCUCUUGAAGUAACAAUUACUACAACAACAGAGCCAUCCACAACAACUCUUGAAGAAACAUCCACCACUACUGCAGAAGGAACAUCUACUACACCAACAGAGCCCUCCACGACAACUCUUGAAGAAACAUCCACCACUACUGCAGAAGUAACAUCUACUACAUCAACAGAGCCCUCCACGACAACUCUUGAAGAAACAUCCACCACUGCUCUUGAAGUAACAUCUACUACAACAACAGAGCCAUCCACAACAACUCUUGAAGAAAUGACCACCACUACUGCAGAAGUAACAUCUACUACACCAACAGAGCCCUCCACAACGACAACUCUUGAAGAAACAUCGACCACUACUGCAGAAGUAACAUCUACAACAACAACAGAGCCCUCCACGACAACUCUUGAAGAAACGACCACCACUACUGCAGAAGUAACAUCUACUACAACAACAGAGCCCACCACAACGACUCUUGAAGAAACAUCCAUCACUACUGCAGAAGUAACAUCUACAACAACAGAGCCCUCCAUGACAACUCUUGAAGAAACAUCCACCACUACUGCAGAAGUAACAUCUACUACAUCAACAGAGCCCUCCACAACAACUCUUGAAGAAACGACCACCACUACUGCAGAAGUAACAUCUACUUCACCAACAGAGCCCUCCACAAUGACUCUUGAAGAAACAUCGACCACUACUGCAGAAGUAACAUCUACAACAACAACAGAGCCCUCCACGACAACUCUUGAAGAAACAUCGACCACUACUGCAGAAGUAACAUCUACAACAACAACAGAGCCCUCCACGACAACUCUUGAAAAAACAUCCACCACUACUGCAGAAGGAACAUCUAUUACAUCAACAGAGCCCUCCACGACAACUCUUGAAGAAACAUCCACCACUACUGCAGAAGUAACAUCUAUUACAUCAACAGAGCCCUCCACGACAACUCUUGAAGAAACAUCCACCACUACUGCAGAAGUAACAUCUACUACAACAACAGAGCCAUCCACAACAACUCUUGAAGAAACAUCCACCACUACUGCAGAAGUAACAUCUACAACAACAACAGAGCCCUCCACGACUCUAGAAGAAACAUCCACCACUACUGCAGAAAUAACAUCUACAAUAACAACAGAGCCCUCUAUGACAACUCUUGAAGAAACAUCCACCCCUACUGCAGAAGUAACAUCUACUACAUCAACAGAGCCCUCCACGACAACUCUUGAAGAAACGACCACCACUACUGCAGAAGUAACAUCUACUACACCAACAGAGCCCUCCACAACGACUCUUGAAGAAACAUCUACAUUUUCUGCAGAAGUAACAUCUACAACAACAACAGAGCCCUCCACGACAACUCUUGAAGAAACAUCCACCACUACUGCAGAGGAAACAUCUUCUACCACAACAGAGCCCUCCACAACAACUCUUGAAGAAACAUCCACCACUACUGCAGAAGUAACAUCUACUACAUCAACAGAGCCCUCCACGACAACUCUUGAAGAAACAUCCACCACUAAUUACACGAACAGAGUUCAUCUUGUUAAAAGCCAGCUUACCCCAGUCUUCAGACCCAAAUAUCCAUCCUUCAUUGAAGCCAGGGUCAAUCAUCACAAUAUCACAACUAGCUUUCAACUCCUCACAAUCGGGCCCAUCAGUUUGGGAGAUUUUAGACACUCUUAUGACAGCCGUGAAAAAUGGGAGUGUGAACCCACUGAACAUAAAUCCUCAGACACUUUCAGUCAAUGGUUCAGUUAUAAAUGCAACAACAGCACCAACAACAAUUACAACAACAGCAACAGCACCUACACCAACAGCAACAACAUCUACAACAAUAGAAGCAACAACAAAUACAACAGCAACAUCACCUGCAGCAACAACAGCAAAAACACCUAUGACAUCAGCAAUAACAAAUUCAACAGCAACAACAACACAUACACCAACAACACCUACAGCAACAACAAAUGCAACAGCAACAACAACACCUACACCAACACCUAUGACAUCAGCAACAACAAAUACAACAGCAACAACACCUAUGACAUCAGCAAUAACAAAUACAACAACAACAUAUACACCAACAGCAACAACACCUACAACAUCAGCAACAACAAAUACAACAGCAACAACAACAUAUACACCAACAGCAACAACACCUAUGACAUCAGCAAUAACAAAUACAACAACAACAACAUAUACACCAACACUUACAACAUCAGCAACAACAACAAAUACAACAGCAACAUCACAUACACCAGCAGCAACAACACCUACACCAACAGCAACAACACCUACAACAUCAGCAACAACACCUACAACAUCAGCAACAACAAAUACAACAGCAACAACAACAAAUACACCAACAGCAACAACACCUAUGACAUCAGCAAUAACAAAUACAACAACAACAACAUAUACACCAACACCUACAACAUCAGCAACAACAACAAAUACAACAGCAACAUCACAUACACCAGCAGCAACAACACCUACACCAACAGCAACAACACCUACGACAUCAGCAACAACAACAAAUACAACAGCAACAACACAUACACCAACAGCAACAACGCCUACAACACCAGCAACAUCAACAAAUAAAACAACAACGACACCUACAACAACAGCAACAACAAAUACAGCAACAACACAUACAGCAACAACACCUACAACAUCAGCAACAACAAAUACA